ACACCGAGCGGUGAGUGUAGCGGGUAAGUUCAAAUAAAAUCACCACUUACGGAGCGACGAUGUCUUCGGUUCAGCAUCUGAAAGAGUUCAUCUCCCAGCGACUGGCCGCUGCUGCUGUGGAAAUAUUCGGAGCCUUUGAACAAACCAUCGUCGAGUACGAAGAAGAGCUCGACCGUCAGCGCAGACUGUUGGACGCUGUGUUGAGACCUGAGAUCAAACUACACAGGAUAGAGAUUCCAGAUGUGUGUGAGGAAGAGGAGGAGGUUCCCACUCACCUGCAGCUCUGUCAUUACGUGAAGAAAACUACUCAGGAUGAAGAUGAACCAAAUUUUCCACAAAUGAAAGAGGAACACGAGGAACCACACAGCAGUGAGGAAAGAGAGACGCUUGUUUUGAAGCAGGAGACUGAUAAUGUGAUGAGUUCAGCAUACGAGGACAAUGCAGCAGAAGCAAAUGGUGACAGUCAGCUCCUCUUUCACAGCUCUCUUGUCACCCUCAAUGUAGACAACUCUGCUAUGUUAGAGAGUCCAACAGAUGGAAUUACUUUUAAAUGCACUACUUGUAGUAGAACCUUUAAGGCUAAGUGUGCAUUACAGAUGCAUGUGAAAACCCACACAAAGCAACAUCCAAUAUGUAACACAUGUGGAAAGAAAUUCAGUUAUUUAUCAGAGUUAAAAACACAUGAGAGGAUCCACACAGGUGAGAAGCCAUUCCUUUGCAAAACCUGCGGGAAACGAUUUACACGUGAGUCAUCUUUAAGAGUUCAUUUGAGAAUUCACACAGGUGAGAACCCAUUCCCAUGCAAAACCUGUGGAAAACGAUUUAGACUGAAAGUGAAUCUAGAAAAUCAUUUAAGGAUUCACACAGGUGAGAAGCCAUUCCUCUGCAAAACCUGCGGGAAACGAUUUAGACUGAAACACAGACUGGAAGCUCAUCUAAGGGUUCACACAGGUGAGAAGCCAUUUCCCUGUAAAACCUGUGGGAAACAGUUCAGAGAAAAGUCACAUCUAACGUAUCAUUUGAGGAUUCACACAGGUGAGAAGCCACAUGCAUGCAAAAGAUGUGGGAAACACUACAGUAGUAGCAACAACUUGAGAGUCCACAUGAGAAAAGUUCACACAGGUGAGAGACCAUACCUUUGCAAUGUCUGCGACAAAGGCUUCUUUGAGUUCAGGACUUUGAAGCAACACAUGAUGGUGCACACAGGUGAAAGUCCUAUUCCUGUGAAGCAUGAGGAUAAAGCUUUACAGGUGGUAAAGCCUUGUUGAACCACAUGAGGUCUCACACAGUUCUGUGUGGGACUGUGCAAAAGCUCACAAAUGGAACGGCAGCAUUUUAGUUAAAGUUAUGUGUAUGUGGCAGAUUGUCUUUUUCUAAUUACCUAAUAAUAAAAUGAAUGAGAUACAUGUGUA